GGGAAGAUGGCGGCGGUAACGGCGGGCGGCCCGGUAGGGAAGGGGCGCGACAUCAGCCUGGCAGCCCUACAGCGCCACGACCCGUAUAUCAACCGCAUCGUAGACGUGGCCAGCCAGGUGGCUCUGUACACUUUCGGCCAUCGGGCCAACGAGUGGGAGAAGACUGAUGUGGAAGGGACCUUAUUUGUUUACACAAGGUCUGCUUCUCCAAAGCAUGGGUUCACCAUUAUGAAUAGGCUGAGCAUGGAAAAUAGGACAGAACCCAUUACUAAAGACCUGGAUUUCCAGCUGCAGGACCCUUUCCUUCUCUACAGAAAUGCCAGAUUGUCCAUUUAUGGAAUUUGGUUUUAUGAUAAGGAAGAAUGCCAAAGAAUUGCAGAGCUUAUGAAAAACCUAACUCAGUAUGAACAGUUGAGAGCCCAUCAAGGAGCUGGAGCAGGAAUCUCCCCAAUGAUCCUCAGUUCAGGAGAGGGGAAGGAAGUAGAUAUCUUACGAAUGCUCACCAAGGCCAAAGAUGAAUAUACAAAGUGUAAAACCUGUUCUGAACCAAAACAGAUAACCAGCUCAUCUGCCAUUUACGACAACCCCAAUCUCAUCAAACCAAUUCCAGUGAAGCCCUGUGAGAGCCAGCAACAGCGCAUAGCUCGGCCUGGCCAGACCUUAGACCCUGAACCCCACCACUUGUCCUUGACAGCGCUCUUUGGGAAGCAGGACAAGGCUAUGUGUCAGGAAACUGUGGAGCCUCCACAAACCUUCCAGCAGCAGCAGCAGCAGCAGCAGCAAGAGAAGCUCCCGAUUAGGCAGGGGGUUGUGCGUUCCCUGUCCUAUGAGGAACCCAAAAGACAUUCACCCCCUAUCGAGAAGCAGCUGUGUCCAGCCAUUCAGAAACUGCUGGUCAGGAGUGCAGACCUCCACCCAUUGUCAGAGCUGCCUGAAAAGCAGCCCUGCAAAAAUGGCAGGACCCAUUCUGUUGGGGAAGAUGUCAUGGGACCUGUCCACCCAGGCUCUCCUCAGAGCAUCGGGACCUCCCAUCAUGAACACAGUGCUUCCAGCACCCAGAGCCUGUUAGAGAAGCUGCAGAGUGCCCCGGGAGCAGUGAGCAAGUACGACCCCGGGAUGCCAGCGCUUGCCAGCCCAGCUGCCCCAAGCUUCAGCAUAGCCCUCACUGCUGCCACCCCUGCAGCUCCAGUCAAGGGGGUGGCUCAGCCACCACUGUUAUAUUUCAAUGGCUCCCUUCCACCUCAGGCACUAGGACAUCAGGCUCAUGAAAAAGAACCGUCCACGCUCCCAAGACAAAUGCUCACUUUCUCUGGCAAUCAGACUAGUGGUUCUGGAGUAAUCUCCCCUCAAGAGUUACUGCAGAAGCUUCAGACUGUGCAGCAGGAGCAGCAGCUGCAUGCGUCCAACCGACCAGCCUUGGCAGCUAAGUUUCCUGUGCUAAGCCAGAGCUCGAGAACAGGGAAGCCCUUGGAAUCCUGGAUUGACAGGACAUCCUGCACAGACAAGCAGACGCCUCUUUUCCAGGUCAUCUCACCUCAGCGCAUCCCUGCUACUGUUGCUCCUUCUCUGCUCAUGUCCCCCAUGGUGUUCACACAACCCACCUGCAGCCCACCAAAGGAGAGGGACAGCGGGCUCUUGCCCCUUGGAAGCCAGGAACCAGCUGCCACCUCCACCAGCCUCCUUCUGCCUCUGCAGAGCCGGGAGCCCUCCGUACUGAGCAGCAACCCACUUACCAAGCUGCAACUUCAGGAAGCCCUGCUGUUCCUCAUUCAGAAUGACGACAACUUCUUAAAUAUAAUCUACGAAGCUUAUCUCUCCAACAUGACACAAGCAGCCAUGAAAAAGACUAUGUGAAAGCAAAAUACUUUAAAACUGAUUUUCAAGGUCCUCCACUCAAGGUUCUUUCUUGUUAAGUGUCGUUACCCUAAAUGUUUCUGCCUUUUUAAAAAGUGUGUGUAAUAUGAAGUAAAAUGUUUCAGACAUUUUUUCAGGCAAACUUUAAAAAAAAAAAAAAGAUUCCUUCAGCAUACCUGGUACUGAGAAUUGAGUGUGUAGAAAAAGUCCUUUGCUCAUAUCACACAGCAAAUGCCAAGCUUAAUUAUUUCUUUUCUUACAUGUAUGGGACCAUUUCAUGAAGAACUAGCCUCUCCAUAGGGAAGGCUGUUCUGGAAACUUGGUUUCUUUUUUUAAUGGCUCUGGUUAGUCUGUGAACACAGAGCAUGUGUCAAGUUCCCGUUGCUGAGCCUCGUGUGCCGCAUUGCACGCCCACCACAAGGUGGCAGUGUCACCCCGCAGACUCACCUGCGCAGCCUUUAUCCCUCCUUUGGAAGUUAAUACU